CCAGGGAGAGAGGUGUCAAAGCCGCCAUCCAAACCCGGUCAAACCAGGGCAAGUUAAAGUGUUCAGAGCUCUUUAUAGGUUUGAACCCAAACUCCAGAUGAAUUGUACUUUGAAGAAGGUGAUAUUAUCUACAUUACUGACAUGAGUGAUACCAGUUGGUGGAAAGGCACCUCCAAAGGCAGGACGGGACUAAUCCCAAGCAACUAUGUGGCUGAGCAGGCAGAAUCCAUUGACAAUCCAUUGCAUGAAGCUGCAAAAAGAGGCAACUUGAGCUGGUUGAGAGAGUGUUUGGACAACCGAGUCGGUGUUAAUGGCUUGGACAAAGCUGGAAGCACUGCCCUAUACUGGGCUUGUCAUGGGGGUCACAAAGAUACAGUGGAAAUGCUAUUUACUCAACCAAACAUUGAACUGAACCAACAGAACAAGUUGGGAGACACAGCUUUGCAUGUUGCUGCCUGGAAGGGUUAUGCAGAUAUUGUCCAGUUGCUUCUGGCAAAACUUGCUAGAACAGACUUAAGAAACAAUGAGAAGAAGCUGGCCCUAGACAUGGCUACUAAUGCUGCCUGUGCAUCUCUCCUGAAAAAGAAACAGGGAACAGAUGCAGUCCAAACAUUAAGCAAUGCUGAGGACUAUCUUGCUGAUGAAGAAUCAGAUUAAUUCCUUUCUGGAGCUUUGAGAUCUAAAACUUCUGUUGCUUUUGCCACUUCAAAACCUUG